UUUUGGUCGAUACCUUUAAUCAGUUGAGCGCUUUUGCACUGCACAUUCACAUCGUCGCGUCUGUGUGAACAGCAACAAUUAAAUUUCGUUACUGAAUACCGUGGUUACUGCAAGAAAGUGUGUUUAAUAAAAAAUAGAUUCUUAGUCAUCAAUUGUUCAAGGAAUAAAUUUAGAAAAAAUGAAAACCUUCGUUUCUGAUGAGAUAAAACAAAAAUGCGAAGAGUUUCAAAUAAGCGAUGCAACAAUGCUAAGUCUAAUGGAUUUGAUUCUGAAAGAGUUGAAUAAAGGCUUGAGUAAAAAGGGAAAUGCAGAAGCAGAUGUUAAGUGUUUUAUAACAUACAUCAAAGACCUACCCAACGGAACAGAAAGAGGAAAAUUCCUUGCCCUUGACCUUGGCGGAACGAAUUUUCGUGUGUUGCUCAUUCAUCUGAAAGGUGAAAAUGACGUUGAAAUGCAAUCGAAAAUUUAUGCUGUGCCACAAACUAUAAUGCUUGGACCCGGCGACGAACUCUUUGAUCACAUAGCUAACUGUUUAGCUGAUUUCAUGGUGGAGCACAAAGUAUUCAACGAGCGAUUGUCGUUAGGAUUCACAUUUUCUUUUCCACUUUUGCAACUCGGAUUAACAAAAGGUUUGUUGGUAAAAUGGACGAAAGGUUUCAACUGUUCUGAAGUAGCUGGGGAAGAUGUUGUCAAAUUACUCAAGGAUGCAAUCAAGAGACGUGGGGACAUUCAAAUCGAUAUAUGUGCUAUUCUAAAUGAUACAACGGGGACACUUAUGUCCUGUGCUUGGAAAAAUCAUAAUUGCAAAAUUGCAUUGAUUGUUGGAACUGGAACUAACGCGUGCUACAUGGAAAAAAUGGAAAAUAUAGAAAACUAUGAAGGCCCUGAAGCGUCGAAUAUGAUUAUCAACACGGAAUGGGGUGCAUUGGGAGACAAUGGAUCGUUAGAAUUCAUCCGAACAAGCUAUGACAGAGCCAUUGACAAUCAGAGUAUUAAUCGGGGGAAGCAAAUCUAUGAGAAACUGAUAUCAGGAAUGUACAUGGGUGAGAUGGUGCGACUAGCUAUACUACGAUUUAUCGACGAGGGAUUACUUUUCAAUGGCAUUGGAUCAGAACUGUUGCGAACAAGUGGAGAAUUCCUCACAAAAUAUAUCUCCAAAAUUGAAUCGGACGAGCUCGGCAACUAUAAAAAUUGUCUGGAAGUUUUACACAAAUUGGGUGUGUAUAACAUAAAUUACAAAGAUUGCGCAAACGUACGAUACAUUUGUGAAUGCGUAUCGCGGCGAUCUGCCCAUUUGGCAUCGGCUGGUAUCGCCACUCUGAUAAAUAAAAUGAAUGAACAAAGUGUUACGGUCGCUGUCGACGGAUCGGUGUAUCGUUAUCAUCCGAAAUAUCAUGACCUCAUGGUCGACCAGAUGCGUCGAUUCGUUAGUCCAGGUAUUGAAUUCGAUUUAAUGCUAUCGGAAGAUGGUAGUGGACGAGGCGCCGCACUAGUCGCAGCUGUGGCAUGCAGGGAAGAUGGUCGUAUAAUAAAUUGAGUUUUUUAAGUUUAUAUUUUCUAGUGGAGUUUUCGGUUAAUAAAUAUUCAAAAUGUC